CAUGCCCCGAUUGACAUCUCUCCGCCAAUCGGUCUCCCACUAUAUAUAAGGCCAACUCGCCGCCUUUUCCCCUUACCCCAAAGACUCUUCUCUAGACGACACCAUCCUUCUCUCACUUCUGGGCGCAACAUUCCCCUCUAUUGACUGAACUUUGGAAGCCCCGCAAGCUGUUCAUCCGCUCCCAUAGACUUGCUUUCACCAAUUCGAUUCAACCAAAGUCUACUCUUAUAUUCGCACGAUGGAGACGCAACCUGAUCGCCAGUCAGGCACCUACUAUGAUAUUGUCAUUGUAGGUGCUGGGCCUGUGGGCUUGAUGCUGUCAACCAUUCUAGCCAGAUGGGGAUAUAGAAUCAAGCACAUUGACAACCGAGCCGAACCGACACCAACUGGAAGAGCUGACGGCAUUCAACCACGCUCGCUCGACCUUCUUCGCAACAUGGGCCUCAAGUCGGCUAUCAUGGCCCACAAGCCUGCCAGAGUCUACGAGGUCGCUUUUUGGGACCCGCCCAAGUCGGGCAACGGAAUCGCCAGAACUGGAACCUGGGCGAGUUGCCCAGAGUUCAUCGAUGCCAGGUACCCCUUCACGACCCUUUUGCACCAAGGCCAUAUCGAGCGCGUUUUUCUGGGUGACCUGGAGAAGAACGGCGUGCAGGUUCAGAGGCCCUGGACCAUUACGGGAUUCUCAUCCAACGAGGCCGAAAACCCCGAGUACCCUGUCGAGGUCAAACUUGAGCAUGUCGAUGGUACCGCCCAGGAAACGUUGCGAGCCAAAUACCUCUUCGGCGGCGAGGGUGCUCGUUCCUUCAUCAGGGACCAAUUACAGAUUGGCAUCAAGCACAAGGAUCCUAUUUCUUACGUAUGGGGUGUCAUGGAUGGCGUUGUCAAGACCGACUUUCCCGAUAUCAAGAUGAAAUGCACGAUUCACAGCAAGCACGGUUCCAUCAUGGUCAUCCCUCGAGAGGACAACAUGGUCCGUUUGUACAUUCAAAUCGCAUCCUCCACGGACCCAGACUUCGACCCACGCAAGACGGCAAGUGAGAAGGAAGUGCAGGAGUCGGCUAAGCGCAUUCUUGAGCCGUAUUCCAUUGAAUGGGAGAGGACGGAGUGGUAUUCAGUAUACCCUAUUGGACAAGGAAUUUCAGACCGCUACACUCUCGAUCAGCGGGUAUUCCUUGGAGGUGAUGCCUGCCACACCCACAGCCCCAAAGCCGGUCAAGGCAUGAACACUGCAUUCCUUGACGCCCAAAACCUGGCCUGGAAGAUCCACGCUGUAGAGGCAGGAUUCGCGCAGCGCGAUAUUUUGAAGACCUACGAGACUGAGAGGAGGGACGUGGCUGAGACGUUGCUAGACUUCGACAACAGGUAUGCCAAGCUGUUCUCUCAACGGCCCGAUGCCGCAAGCGAAGCUCAGGCAGCCACCGAGAACGCCGGCAAGGAGCAGUCCGAAAAUGCUUUCAUCAAGACUUUCAAGGAGUCAUGCGAGUUCACAAGCGGAUACGGCGUGGCCUACAAGCCAAAUGUCUUGAACUGGUCCGAAUCACACCGGGCUAAAUCAUCCUUGAUUCACCCCGAGGGUACGAAGCUCCGCACCGGCCGCCUGUUUAUGAACGCCGACGUUACGAGGGUUGUCGAUGCCAAUGUUGUCCACCUGGAGCAAGAAAUCCCGCUCAACGGUUCCUUCCGCAUCUUCGUCUUUGCUGGAAAGCCUUCAGUCACUCGCAAGGCCCUCGGAGACUUCGCUAGUCACCUCAACAACAAGCGGUCAUUCUACGCCGCCUAUGUUAGAGAAGACGUUGACAGUGUUUCACACCACGAGCAACACAACCCUCACAGCAAGUUCUUCUCAUUCUGCACCAUCAUUUCUGCAAAGAGAAGCAACAUCGAGAUUUCGCGCGAUGUCCCGGAGGUGCUGGGGCGGUACCGCGACCAUGUUUACGCCGAUGACAGGUGGGACCGCCACGUGCCGGACGCCAAGGCUGCAGCGCACGCCAAGUUGGGACUUGAUGAGGAAAAGGGUGGCGUUGUCGUUGUGCGUCCUGACGGUUACGUUGGUAUGGUCGCAAAGCUGGUGGAGGGCAGCGGCACGGUUGGUGCAUUGAACGAGUACUUUGGCACAUUCUGCACCAAGAAGCUCGGAGAGACGCUAGCCCAGCUGUGAUGCCCUUGAAGUGUGACAGUGCUUAGGUUUAGAGAGGUUUCUUUAGAGAAAUCGGUGUACAGAUACUGACUUGGGUUCCUACUUACUGGCGUACUGGAGCGAAACAUGAGUUGGAUUUUUACAAGAGAGCGAGGCUAUUCCGAUUUCACCUUUCAGGAUGGAUAGACACCAUAGCACCGUCUGCAACUUUAUUCAACCAAGAGAGAGCAAACGCUGCAUGCUAUGCCUACAUCGAUUAUAAAGUGAAAAUCACUUGCUCGGAAACAAUUACUUUGCACGGGCCGUCUAGAUCCUUCUUGAGGUUCCCAGUGACCUUAUCCACGUAAGCGGCCUUGAUGUAUUUAGAAGUGAAUCCCAUUUUAAUGGAUGAAUGAA